AUUUGAGUGUAUAGAUUGAUCUUAUUCUGUUCUGCUGGUAAGAAAGGUUUUCUGCUAAUACGUUUAUAACCUUUGGAAAAUCUGCACUCUUGGAGAAUUCAGAGACCAAUUGUCAUUGCCAAGGAUAAUAGCUCACUGUCUGUCAAGAAUUGUGCCAUGAUAGUUCACUCUUUCAUAAUUAUAUUUUUAUUUUAUCUUUGUUUUACCGUAAAAAUAAUAUUUCAUAUCGAAAGUAAUUGAUCGUUGCUGACCCUUAAAACAUGUUUCCGUGGAAGCAUUCUCUACUUAAGAAACAAUCCGAAACGGUACUGCAGUGAACUCCAAGGUACGUCCGUCCCCAUGCUUCGCCUUGUUAUAUAUGUAUGUUGCCUAAGCUCAAAUCCCUACCCCAUCGAUCGGGUGCAAGAGGCCAGAUGGAGAAGCUCUCUGAUUCCGGACUCGCCGCCUCCCUCCUCCUCCUUCUCGCCCUUCUCUGUUCCUUGACGCCUUCCUCUGCAGACGAUAGCCCGCUUCAAGAUCUGUGCCCCGCGGCGCCGCAAGGAGAAGCAAAGCUCUUCAUGAAUGGCUUCCUCUGCAAGAACCCUAGCAGCGUCAUGGCCUCCGACUUCAAGACCUCGCGGCUCAACCACGCGGGCGACACCGACAACUUCCUCCGGUCGUCCAUGAACGUGGUGACGGCCGCCGACUUCCCCGGCCUCAACACGCAGGGCCUCUCCAUGGCCCGCACCGACCUGGCCAUGGACGGCAUGGUCCUGCCACACUCCCACCCCCGGGCGUCCGAGAUGAUGUUCGUCUCCCACGGCACGGUGGUGGCAGGGUUCGUGGACAGCGGGAACCGUCUGUUCCAGCGGACGCUGCGGGACGGCGACGUGUUCGUGUUCCCCCGCGGCUUGCUCCACUUCUGCGUGAACGCCGGGUAUGGGCUGGCGACCACCUUCUCGGUGCUCAACAGCCAGAACCCGGGCGUGAUGAGCAUCGCGGGCGCCAUGUUCGUGCCCGGAUCCGACGUGAUGGAGAAGCUCGUGUCGAGGAUCUUAAGCUUCAAAGCUGGGAACGCCACAGCCACCGUGAGCUCUGUAUGAUAGUGAUGAUGACGUUGUAUUUAUUAUCAUCUCAUGUUGAGGAUGAUAAAUGGAUGAUCUUUUUCUUACAAACACACAAUCAAUAUGCAAAUUGAAUUGGGCUGAUUGCAGAUUUA